GGCGCAGCGGCGGUGGCGGCAACAAGUGCCGGAGACUAGCCGAACCCGAGCCAUCCCCGCCUCCGGCACCGCCGGGCCGCCCGUUUCGGGUGCAACGCAUGGAGCUUGAGCAACGGCGGUCGCCGGGCUGAGCCGCGCCGAGCGGCCGGGACGUGGAUGCGGCCGCGAUCUCCCGCCCCCGCCCCGCUGAGCAGGAGCUGCUCCCGGACAAGAUAUGAGAAAUGAGUGUUGGACGUCGAAGAAUAAAGUUGUUGGGUAUCCUCAUGAUGUUAAAUGUCUUCAUUUAUUUGAUUGUGGAAGUCUCCAAAAGCAGUAACCAAGAAAAAAAUGGAAAGGGGGAAGUAAUAAUACCCAAAGAAAAGUUCUGGAAGAUAUCUGAACCUCCUGCAGCAUAUUGGAACAGAGAACAAGAAAAGCUGAAUAGGCGGUACAAUCCCAUUUUGAACAUGUUGACCAACCAGACAGGGGAAGUAUACGGGUUUUCCAAUAUAAGCCAUCUGAAUUAUUGUGAACCUGACCUGAGGGUCACGUCAGUAGUUUCAGGCUUCAACAAUUUGCCUGACAGAUUUAAAGACUUUCUGCUGUAUUUGAGGUGUCGAAAUUAUUCACUGCUUAUAGAUCAACCGGAUAAAUGUGCAAAGAAACCCUUCUUAUUGCUGGCAAUUAAGUCCCUCACUUCACAUUUUGCUAGAAGGCAAGCAAUUCGGGAAUCUUGGGGCAGAGAAACCAAUGUGGCAAACCAAACAGUGGUGCGAGUCUUUUUACUGGGCCAGACCCCCCCAGAGGACAACCAUCCCGACCUUUCAGACAUGCUGAAAUUUGAGAGUGAGAAGCACCAAGACAUUCUUAUGUGGAACUACAGGGACACUUUCUUCAACUUGUCUCUGAAAGAAGUGCUCUUUCUCAGGUGGGUGAGCACUUCCUGCCCAAAUGCCGAGUUUGUCUUCAAGGGUGAUGAUGAUGUUUUUGUGAAUACACAUCACAUCCUGAAUUACUUGAAUAGCUUGUCCAAGAACAAAGCCAAAGAUUUGUUUAUAGGUGAUGUGAUCCACAAUGCUGGACCUCAUCGGGAUAAGAAACUGAAGUACUACAUCCCAGAAGUUGUUUACACUGGUGUCUACCCGCCUUAUGCGGGGGGAGGUGGAUUCCUCUACUCCGGCCAUCUGGCCCUGAGGUUGUACAAUGUAACUGACCAGGUCCUUCUCUACCCCAUUGAUGACGUUUAUACUGGAAUGUGCCUUCAGAAACUUGGCCUCGUUCCGGAGAAACACAAAGGCUUCAAGACAUUUGAUAUAGAAGAGAAGAACAAGAAUAACAUUUGUUCCUAUAUAGAGUUGAUGUUAGUGCAUAGCAGAAAACCUCAAGAGAUGAUUGAUAUUUGGUCUCGGUUGCAAAAUGCUCAUUUAAAUUGCUAAAAUAUACACAAAUGAAAUUUUGCCUAGAAAGACAUAUCUUGAAUAGUUUCCAUGUUCUCUCACAUUAGGGGUAAUUUCUAUGUGAAAUCAUAAAAAUUGCCUUUUUAAGUAGUAUCCAUUUGAGGGCCUUUGAACCCUGCAAUGUGGUACUUUCUGAACAAGGAAAGCAGAUCAUAAUUUUUUAUGGAGGAUAUGGCAGGACGAUUGGUUCUGAUCCUUCCUACUGGCUCAGUGGUCAUUAUUUUCUAAUUUGCUCCCCUUCUCAUCUGAAAUCAUAAGUUUCUGGAAUUUGACCGUUUUAAGUUAUUUUUGUUUUGCUCUCAUGAUAUUCCUACUUUCCAUUAUAAUGGGUGAAUUAUCUGCAAUUUAGGUGUUUAUAAACCUGUUGGCUACAAAGACUUUGUUAUACGUGAUUCGGUGGUUUUUGUGAAAUGGAAUUAUAUGUAUUUUCAUGAAAUUUGGAUGAAUUUUUUAAAUUGUCUAGAAAAAUUGACUUCUGUCAAAUUUUCCUGCCGCCCCAACAGCGUGUGUGUGUGUGUGUGUGUGUGUGUGUGUGUGUGUGUGUGUUAAUCUAAUCAGUUAAUUUUGCAAAAUGAGAAUCACUGUGUCACAUUUAUCUACUUUAUCUUGUAAUGGUCUUAUGGUUUUAAUAAAGAGAAAAUUUAACUUUGAAGAUUGAAUUGACCUUGGCAACCAUGUUGUUUUAUGAUUUUUCAGUGUGGACCAGGAAAGCAUAAUGUAACUUUUGUAAGUGAAAAGAUUGAACUUGCAGACUUUUUCAUGUGGUUUAUCAGUUUAAAAAUUCCAUGAUUUUAUUCUUGCCAUGUUUUCACGUUGCUUAUACAAAAUUACUAUUGUGACUAGUGACUGCUUCCCUGUCCCAGUGUAGAAGUGCCUGUGUUUUUAUUUAUUGUUCAGAUCAAAGACCAAAAUGUUUUCUUAAAUAUAUUUUGUGUAAUAUUUUAUUUGUAUACAGUGUUGUCGAUGAUAUAUUUAACUAGAGCAUGGUAUUUUAAGUGUCAAGGUGUAAUAUAUGUUAAAUAAAGCUAACUGUUAUUUUUGAAUUUUAAAAUUCGUUUUUUUGGGUGGGUAUGAAACUAGAGUUGAUAAAAUUCUCCCAAACUGUUGCUUAUGUACACUAUCUUGUAACAUGCUUUCUUGAAAUAUUUUUGUGUUCAUAGACAUGAGAAUUCUUACCAGAUGUGAUACUGGGGACUGUAAGAAGAUGGAAAUAAAGUCUCUGUAUUUUUAA